CCAAAACCCAGAAGUCAGUCCUAAGUGAUAUUUGUGGAACUUUCCCAGUAGUUCACGUCUGCUAUUAGCAACUUAGCGCGGAACCCAAAGGCAACGAGGCUUGGAACGCAUAGGCUCCCGGAAGUGUAGGAAUUUGAAAGAUGGAAUCAAAUGAUUGGCAGAUGGUAAAAAAGAAGAAAUCUGCGAAAAGGAAAGAUUUCUCUAACAAUGAAAAGCAGCCACCUGAGCUCUCCCGCUGCGAACCACUAAAAGACUGCAAGAAUCUGAUGCAGAGCGUAUGUGGCACCAUGGAGAACAUUAAGACAUCAGAGUUUUGGAAUUCUUGUCAAAAGUCUCUUAAACAAUGCCUGUACAUACAGCAGACUGCUGCUAGUGAAAGGAAUCGAUGUAAAGGUGUUGGGGUAGAGCAAUACCUUGAUAUAACAAGCGAGGAAGGCAGUUGCAGCUCAUUAUGCAGUUGUGAUUGUGUGUGUUAUGGCCUUGGCAAUUUUUCCUUGUGUGUAACAUCUCGGUACCAACUUGGUUUUUUGCUCUUAUUCCUGGAUCUAUUUAAGAUUCCAAGAUGUCAGAGCUACAUUUUUGAUCCAAUCUUUUCACCUUCAGAGAUCUCUGUUCUCAGAGAGCUUGGCUUUAAUGUCCUGUUAGAGAAUGAGGAGGGAAAACAUGCUGUGGAUAAACCCACAGUUUUUUACAUGCUUCAUUGUGGGAAGGCUCUCUAUAAUAAUCUGCUGUGGAGAAACUGGUCAGCCAAGUCACUAUCAAAAAUGAUCAUCAUUGGCAACAGUUUCAAAGGAAUUGAGGAAAGAUUAUUGUCCAGAAUUUUGCAGAGAGAUUAUUUGUAUAUCCAUAAGAGCUUACAAGCUGUGGAGGAAACCACAUUCCCAGAGAACUCACAGUUCAGUGAUGUGUUCAACGACACCUCCGUCCAUCGUUUCCCUACUGAGAAACUCAGGGCUUUACCAAAUGAAUUAUGGCAGUGUGAGGAUGAGCCGUGUUACCAAGAGUGCGAGGAUCUGGAGAUUAUUAGGAAUCAGACUAGGUAGCAGUGCACUUCAACACAUAUUCCUACAUUCAUCAUUUAUGGUGUACAGUAUCUUCUUCUCUUGAAGAGUGUUAUAUACCCAAGGGCUCUAAUUUGGUAGAGCUUUUGAUGCGCCUUAGGAUUGUGCAUACCAAGGAAGCCAUUAAUACUUUAAUAUUAAAUAAGACGUGUAUUUAUAUUAUAUAUAACAAAACCAUGAAUAAUCUGUAAAAUGUAUUAUAAAUGGUGCUUAUCAUUUUAAAUAAAAAAUAUACUGUGACAUAAUCCAUAGAGAUUUCUUCUGUAUAAUCUAAUGAAAUAAAGGCAAAUGACAUUUUGAUACA